AUGCGAAAGAAUCUUUUUAUCUCAUGUCGAUUUCUUAUGAGUCAAGUUUUUCGGCGGUAUCAAAAGGAUGCUCGAAUAAAUCAAUCAACAAAUUUGAACGUUGAUUUACCUUCUUGUUUGAUACCAUCAAUGAAGUUCAUAAAUAAUCUGAAAAGUGAUGAGCAAUUGGAUAAAUUAGCAAAAUUAUUAGCGGAAUUGGAAAUAUUCUCAAUGAUUAAUGAAAAGCUGCCGUGUGAAUUAAGUGAUGAACAAUGGGAAAUCUAUCUUCAUAUCGAGAAAACUCAGGAUCGAAAGCAAUUUCUUAAUGCAGCGCACUUUGAAGAAAUUCUUACAAAGGAGUCGGAAACUUCUAAUGCUAUGAGGACUGAGCGAGAUCUCAUUUGUGAGAAUGGACAUAUGGCUUAUUCGCCUGAACAUCACUGUUUGCUCAGAUUAAUUGGCUCUGAUUUGAGAAGUAAUCUCAGUCAGUGGUACAGUUUUGCCAUGGUACCUCCUGGCCAUGGCAUUAUUUCCAGUGUAGAUUUUAUUCAAGACAAUGGUUUUGAGAUUUACCAAGCAUUAUCUACUUUAUUUCUAGAUAGCCUUUGGGUGUUAAACUUUGGAGUAGAAAUUUUUGUGCAUUAUGAGGAGUUUCAGGAGUGCAUUGAUAAUUCAUAUGGAAGUCGAAUUUUGGCUGCAAAGCGUUGUGAUGAAGGACCGUUACGUCUUUUUAUUGAUAUGCGAUGUUUACAUAAAAUGCCGUUAUUCUACCAAAUUAAUCUAUUACGACAGGUUCAAAGUAUCCAUAGAGACAAUUGGUCCAGUCGUCAUCCUUUCGAAAUUGCAGUUGUUAAUUUUCGAGCAAAUGAUCAUGAUGCUGCAGUCAUAAAAUCUGAUUGGAAAUUUCUUGUUGGUCCGAAAGGCAAUGAGGAACAAGAUAUCGUUGAUAUACAAGAUGCUCUUGAUUCAAGCGACUUCAGUAAAACUAUUCGAUCGUAUAUUCCACAUCCUUUUAUUCCCACAAUAUCGACAAGGUCGGUUCGCGAGAACUUAAAUGGUCUUGCACCAGAUGAUAUUGCCUAUAUAAGCUGGGAUGCAACUCAAUUCUUGGAAAGACCUUUAAAUCGCUACAAAGGUUUUGUUUUAUGUGCAACCCAUGAAAAAUAUGCAGCAGCGUCGUCAUUGUAUUGUGCCAGGCGUGAGGGCAUGAACGCAUUUCGACCUCCUUUUCAUAGACAUAUCAGGUGGAGUGUAGUUAGGAGAGGUGCAAUGGAUAUAGUAGCUAAUAUUCUGCGAAUGGUGUAUCAUGAUGAUGUGGACUGGGACAUCGCUUUGAAUACAAUUCCAUCCUCGUUUUUCGAACAUAAGGUUUAUAAAGCCAAAGAAGAAGAAAAAACGAAACGGCGGUUACAGCUAGAGACAUUACAAGAAGCUGGAGCGCUAUAUGAUCGUCGAUUAAUUGAUAUCUCAUCGAUACGAAAUAAUCGACAGCGUCGGCAAGGACGAAAGAAAAUGCAUAAAUAUAGUCGCGAAGAAAGAAAUAUGGCGAGAGCGAAUGUAGCAAAAAUUUGUUAUAAUGAGUAA